CAGGGAAAAAGUGCACACAAAAUAUUUGAAUAAAAAUUGAGUCGCAAUUGUAGCAAGUGUCUAAGCCGAAUUGUAAAUAUAAUGCUGGCCACACGCAGUACAAGCGCACACCAAUUGUAGAAAGGCGACAAGCUGCUUACCUUAAGUGAACACUCGAUAUCUUGCAGGCACACAUGUAUGUGUAUGUAUACAUACAGCCAAAAAGUGUAAAGGAAAUAUACGAAAAAUUUUGCGUGCAAAUUACAAAACAGCGCGCAUUUUAUGUGUAAAUGUGCGCCCACGACUAAGUAAAAAUCUGCGUGCGCGCCAACGCUCCUCACACACACAAUCAGACGCAGAAACACAGACACAUGGAUCCGAACUCCAGCCCCUGGUCGUAUGCCUACAAUCGCAUUGUGCCCGCAGCCGCUGGUACAACGAGCGGGACGGCCGAGGAUUUUCAACACCCGCACCUAGCGACCAUAACCGCGGCGAGCCUCGCGAGCUUCAAUGCUGCGGCCAGCGGUGGCAGCUUUGUGCCGCCCUCACCCAUUGGCAGCUACAAUCCAGUAUUUCAGCAAAUCUAUCACCAUGCGGCGGCAGCCAGUGUUCAGCCCAAACCCGCACAUUAUGCAUCCACGGCUGUGAAUACGCCGCACCGUCAGCUUCAGUUGCCCAGCACGCUGGACAAGCAGCUGAGCACGUUUCAGAAUCAGGCCGCUGUGGCAGCCGUCUCAUCGGCUGCAGCCGCUGUCGUUAAUAAUGUGGCCUCUAAUUAUUAUGGCGAGAAUUCGUCCUCCAGUGGUGCAUCGCCAUCUCCCACAACAGUUGCGCUGACCUCCACCUCGUUAACGUGGAAUACGCCAAAUAUGAUAUCCAAUACGUUCCUGGCCAUGCAACAGCAACAAGCACAACAGCAACAGCAGCAGCAACAACAACAGCAGCAGCAGCAGCAACAACAACAACAACAGGCCCAACAACAGCAGCAGCAGCAGCUUAACCUGGUGGCCGACAAAGUGCAAAUCAAACAAGAAAGUACACAACAAUCGAAGGCGCAAAUUAAAGCCUACAACGAUCUAAUUUACUUGACGCAAUUGCAACAACAACAGCUUCAGGAUGCGGAUACCUACUACAUGCUGGAUGGCCAGAAACUGAAGAUCACACAUAAGGAGCCCUUGCAUGCCAUAGAGCAACAGAACGCUAGUCCCGCCGGUGCCUAUCCGGUACAAUACGCCAGCCCAGCGCUUAGCUCAGCGGAUGGCUCGCCCAUUACGAAUUUACAGGCGGUUGAUGUGAGCGGUGCACCCCAAGUGAUUGUCUACAAGACAGCGACGGCGGCGGCUGGUUCGCCUGUCCAACGACGCUCGGUGCUUAACGUGACAGGCGCUGGAACGUCUGCGGCGGUAGCAACACCAUCUACUCCCACCACGGUGGCCUAUUCAUCUGUGAUACAAAGCACGCUGCAACAACAAUUGCUGCAGCAGCAGCAGCAGCAGCAACAACAACAACAAUUGCAGCAACAGCAAAAUCAUUGCUGGACUAAGCUCGAGGAUGGGCAGGAGGAUGUUAAGAAUGUGCUGCAGUUGCAUGUGAAACAGGAGCAACGACAACUGGACUAUGGUAGCGAAUCCGGUAGUACGGCAGAUGCGGGGGGCGAGAACUUAGUAUUUAAUCUGCCCCCUGGUCUGGAAAUCAAACAGACUUUCUAUCAGACCCAGGACCAAUUACUGCAACAGGAAGCAGCUACGCAGUAUACCGCCGAACAGCAACAGGAGACAAAGGCACGUCGCCAGCAUGUGGUGGCCAACAUGAUAAUGUCACCCCAACCGCAGCAGACACAGCAGCAACAGCGCCUGUCCGUCAAUUCCGCGGCUUCGGCGGCCAGCAGCUUAGCGUCACAGAUUCAAAUAGUGCCAAAGGAGGAGGCAAAGCCGCCGCCUAAACCUGCGAAGACGCCGCGCAAGCGGCAGCCGAAGAAGACGUUGAUAGCAAACAGCGAUUAUAAUACAGUGCGAAGUCCGCAGGACUCGCAGCAUCACCAGCUGCAACAACAGCAGCAGCAACACAAUCAGCAGCAACAGCAACAGAACCAACAACAAAACACGUAUUAUGAUUUUAAUACCAAGUGGAAUACGCCAUUAAAAACUGAGAACAAUGCGGCAGCUGUCUCCCCAGUGGCCACCAUAAACAUACCCACAUAUCCGCAACAAAACCAACAGCAGCAGCAACAUCAGCAACAACAGCAGCUGCAACAUCAACAACAGCAACAGCAGCAGUCGACUCAACAGCAACAGCAACAUGUGCCACAGCCAGCACAUUUACAAUCUUCCCAGGCGCAAUCGCAUCUCACACAACUAGCGCAAUAUUAUCCAGCAUUUCCACAACCCAUAGCCUCCCAGUAUACGGCGUGCAUGCAACAGCAACAGCAGCAAGUCUACACACAGCAGCAACAGCAGUUGCAACAGCAACAGCAGCAGCAAUUAGCACAGCAGCUGCAGCAGCAGCAACAACAGCAACAACAACAGCAGCAACAACAGCAACAACAACAGCAGGAAAAGACUGAGGCAGCGCAAAGUGAGGAGGCGGCUGCAGCAGCGGCAGCCGCUGAGGCCAGCAACAAGGUCAUUGUGCCAAACAUUGAGGAAGAACUAGACUUUUUGGCCGAUGGCAAUAGUGCGGCGAAGCAAGGGUAUGCCAACUCUCUGUCCAGCAAUGGUCGCAACACCAAUUCGUCCACCAACAACACCAACUUUGGCAUACGUAAUCCCAAUAAAACGCCAUCGCCAGAGCCGUCACCCUCAACGUCAACGCAUGCCAGUAACAAUGGUUUAACGCCCGCAACGCCCAGCUCGUUUAAUGCGGCUCAGCCCAAGCCUGUCAGCGUAGGCACGUCUAUUGGCGAGAAAAAAACACAAUUCAUGGACAGCUAUCUGAAGUUUUUACAAGGCGAACGGGACGAUGAUCCUCCUCCGGUUGUGAAGCCCUCGCGCAAGCUCAACUAUCCACGAACGCCUUACAAGCGCAAGGGAAAAGGGGCCCCUGGUAGUGCCGAUGAGGCAGCAGUAACGCAAACAGCGACGCCCGCUGCAACAGAAAAUUCCGGCGGUGAUGGCCUUACUGGCAUGGUAGGCGACGAUGGACAUCGCAUUAAAAUACUCUCACAAACUCAAAUACUGCCCAAAAAGAGGCCACAUGCACAAAUGGUGGCAGCGGCGGCAGCAGCGGCCGCGGCAGAAACCACAGCUGCUACUGGCGCAUCUGUCAUACAACAGCCUGCGGAUCAGUCAUCAUCCUUUAGGCCAUAUGCACAACAACAGCAGGCGCUGGGUGGGCAACACUUUGUGCAGCAACACUGUGCCCAGUUAGGCGGCGGCGGAGGCAGCGGAGGCGGAGGCAGUAGUCAAGACCCAUUGAACUUGCCGCCGCGUCGCGAGCAAUGCUCACGCAAGGCCAAACAAAGCAGCAUUCAUGCUGCUAUGCUUCUGAGUUCAACCGAUGGCACUGUUGCGGAGCCGGAGGAGUUUACCGACUCGGAUACAGAUCCUGUGUGGACACCGCAGGAGGAAGACAGCGACGAUGGUAGUAAAGGCUUUGGCAAACGCAAGGCAGCGCGUCGCACGAAGGGUACUCCACGAAAGAACACAUACGGACAGCCGACGCAACAACAACAGUUGCAGGUACCACCACAGCAGCAACAGCUCAUGCAACAGCAACAAGUUAAUCAGCAGCCUCAUCAGCAACAACAACAACAAUUGCAUUCAAACGAUGGUUACAAUCCGCAGCAGGAUUUGUCGGAUGUGACAACAUCUGGUUAUGCUAAUGCCGCAGCAGCCAGCACGAGCACAACCGAGAACUUUAAAACCGGGGACUUUAUAGUGUUGCGUGCUGAUUUGGUAAACGAUUGGCCAACGAUUUGGCAAGUGGAUUCGAAAUGCAUAUUGCAAAAAUAUGAACCUUUCCGGCAAAAUGGCAAAACCUUCUAUCGCAAUAUGUCAAAGUACGCCUCAUGGAAUCUUGAAACGAAGAAGCUCUACCUCAAAGCUCCUGUGCGCAUACAAUUGCAAUCGCAUACAGAAACUGUCGUGGAAUUCAUGCGCUCCGAGUUACUGGCCGACGAUACUGAGCAAUUCAUUGAGAAAAUAAUGGAGGACUAUUUGUCGUAUCGUGACAGUUUCGAGAUUUAUAUACAAACAAUGAUAUCCCAGGCACUGGACCCGAGCUUUUUCUCUGAAAUAACCCGGGAGAAGGAUGACUAUUUUCUGGGCAGCGUGCGAGUUGUUGAUGCCAUUAUGGAAAACUGCAAGCGCAAACUACUAGCCAUCACGCCCUGGACGCGUAGUAUAAUCUCAUCGAUUGAAACUUGGCCCAAGUGUCAUGUUUUCUCCGAAUGGGGUCAGAACAAUGUGACGCAAAAGAAUUGCGCUGGCUGCCAUCAGCCAGGGAUUGCUGUGCGUUUUCUGCUCUUCGGUGAACCCUAUAACCCAAACACCAUGCAAAGCAUACCCGUCGAUACCCGUAUUGCCUACGAAAAGGAUAUCGUACUCUGCCGUAUAUGUGCCGCACGUGCCGAUCUUUUCCACAAAAUUGCACACGAAAAAUUCAAUUUGUUCAUAAAUUGCUCACAACGUGUAACGGAGCAACAGCAACAAUAUCCGGGAAAAACAUCCACUGACAUUUUAAAUGAUUUGCUGGCCGAACACAACUGGAUUGAUGAGCUUUUCCGCAAUAUGCGCAACUGUUGGGCCGAGGUGGAGAGCCUGGAACGGCAGAAACGUUUUCGCGAGGUCAUGCAAUAAACAUUCAAUAUAUUCCACGGGAUGCCUAUUCUUGUUGCAAAGUAUACGCCUGGCUAAUGACAUACAAAAAAUAUAUAUAUAUAUGAAUAUAUAAUGGA